AUGCUCCCUCCCGACGCUGUCUGGUUCGUCACCGGCUGUUCAUCAGGCAUUGGCGUGGCCAUCGCCAGACACGUUGUCUCCCAAGGCCACCGCCUCAUCGCCACAGCCCGCAAAGUGUCCACAUUGUCCUAUCUUCCGGAUAGUGAUCCCAACAUCCUCAAACUCCCCCUUGACGUCUGCAGCCUCGAAUCCAUCGACGGCGCCCUCCACGCUACACUGGAAAAAUUCGGCCGCCUGGACGUCAUGAUCAACAACGCCGGAUACAACAGCGUUGGCAUCGCCGAAGUCGUCCCCGAAUCCACCAUGCGUUUGACCAUGGAAACCAACUUCUGGGGUCCCAUGCGCUUGACGCGCAAAGCCGUCGCUAUCCUUCGCGACGUCAACCCGAAUUCUGGAAGCAUCGGCGGCACAAUCGUGAACGUGACAAGCAUUGGCGGCCGGCUCGCGUUGCCUGCCGAAGCAGCGUACCACGCGAGUAAAUUCGCGCUGGAAGGAUUCACGGAAGCAAUUACCUCGGAAUUGCAUCCCGACUGGAAAAUUCGAGUCAUGCUUCUAGAGCCUGGCGGGACGAAGUCGCAGUUCACUACGCAGUCAAACGCGAACAGUAGAGCAGAUUUUAGAGAGCAUUCGGCGUAUCAGGACGAGAAUAUGGCUGUGAAUCAGAUGAUUAAGGCGCUAAGUGACCCAGGAUUGAAUGAGAAGUUGAUUGAGGCGGAGCGCGUGGCGAAGACCUUGUUCGACGUGCUGGAGAAACAUGAAGCGUUGCCAAUGAGAUUGCCGACGGGGAAGGAUGCCUAUGGGAUUAUUAGGGCGAAGGAGAGCGCGAAGAUGGACGAACUGGAGAGAUGGAAGAGUGUCACGGAGAGUGUGGGUGAUGCGGACAUUCCAAAGUGA